CGGCGGCGCCGCGCCCGGGAGGGUUUGGGGAGCGGGGAGGAGCUGCCGCGCAUCCCUAUCCCGCCUAAGGGGCGGCGGCGGCUGGCCGGAGGGGUCGUGUGCAGGGACACGGAGGCGGUGGUGGCGAUGGCGCAGCAGCCGCCGAUGUCACGCCGUGUUAGGCCCCAACGCGCCGCCCGCCAGCGCCACCGCCAGGGAGCUCCGUGCCGGGAAGGGCUGAAAGGGGCAGGGAUGCUCCCGGGGCUGUUACAGCCCAGGAUAGCGCAGCGAGCUGAUAUUUCCACUUUAAUUAAUGCAGGUCCCGUAGUGGUGGCCUCGGUGUCACCGCAGACCGCGUCACUGCGGGUGCGGCAAGCAGAGGAGCCAUUUCGCUGUGCCACGGGCGAUGCCGCUGCAGCCACGGACACAGCGGCGGCCGCGGGCCGGAGAAUCAGCACGAAAAGCCUGCACAGCUGCUGGUCAGCCACGGUGUGUGAUGCGACAGACACGUACAUUAGAUUGUGUGGCACAAGCUGGCCUGCACACCCACAGAGGAGCACAGGGUGAUGCCAGCAGGAGAGGGAGCCCAAGCAGCACCUGGCAGGCCGCUUCCAGGCCCAUCCCAGGAUCCACCAGCCCACUAAAGGCCCAUUUCCAGGGACACAGGGGCACAAUGGCAGGUGGGAACCCACAUUAAGGACUCAGAGAAAGGAACACCCUGUCCAGCCCCAUCCCAGGGGAGCCUCAGCUCCAGAGCACCUUUGGGAUUGGGGGUGUAACUGUGCUCAGGGUGUGGGACGCAGGAUGGGAUGCAGGGGAAGAACAUUUGGGAAUUACACAGGACUCAUUAGGGAGUGUUUAGGACUGGAACCAGGGCUGAUCUACGUCUGAUUAAACAAUGAAAUCAAAUAAACUGAUAUAGCCUACAGGAAUAAAAAGGGCCAGACACCUGUCAAUAAUUUGUGAUGGUUUGUCCAUGUCCUGCACCUGAUCAGUGCAGCCUGUCAGGUCUUCUCACUGAACUUUUGCACUUUGCCCUGGGUGAGGAACUCUUGGCCAGAGCAGCACAGGGACUUGGCUACUUGGGGGCUGGAGAGGUUGGGAUUGAGGGGCAGCUACUGGGCACUGCCCAAGCCCAGCUGCUGGAAGGAGACACUAUACAUGUGUGUAAAUACUUCUAUAAAUACAGAUAUACACAGAUGCUCACUAGUGCACCUCCAUCCUGCUCAGCUGGAGCAGGGCGUGGGAUGAGGCUGUGUGGGAGUGCUCUGUGUGGAUGCAUGUGUAAUCUGUGUCCAUGUGUAUUUGCUUAACUGGUGCAUAUGUGACUUUGUGCACGUGCCUAUUGGGAAUACAAACUCUGUCUGGCUAUUACUUAGACAUGGGCAUGGAGCUGCAGCAGCCUCACCUCUCUUGGUCUAUCAGACCUCAGACAAUUUUGCCACAUCAAUAGAUAAACAUAUUUGUGUACAUAUAUUACAUUGGCCUAUUCCAAUAGGGCUUCAUAUAGAAGCACAGAAUUUCUACCCAUUGAAUUGAAACAAGAUAGAUGAAAGCAGUCAGGCAACAGCUUUCUCCCAAAGCAUUUGCACCAAAAAACAACACAAACCAAAAAACCACACAACAACAACAAACCAGUUCCGCUUUUCUUUCAGGGAUUUCACGUUUCUUGUACCCUACCUGAGCACAUCUGUAAUGCAGCAGGAGGUCUGGUUACAGUAUUGGUUGGCACUCCUGGUAUACCCUGAAUCAAAUUAGCACAGUUAUAGGUGGUAGCAGAGAUCUUCAGGUUCUCCUGGUUUUGAUAAAAGUCUGGUUUUAGGUGCAGCUGAGAUAAUGCAAUGCAGGUCCAAGGAUGAGUUCCUGUUUCCUGUCUUUGUGCUCUUCUGCUCCCUUCUACCCACCAAGUACCUAUUUUCAGGCAUGGUGAGCUCUGUUCAUUCUGCAUCUCUUGUGAUAACCUGCCCUUAACAGCCACCACAGAUGAUACCUUUUUGGAUCACAGUCAUCACCUGCAGGCAAGGAUUUGCAAAACUUGGGGCCUUAUGUGGGGUGAGGCUGUUAAGCAUACCAGAGAGAGAGAGGGAAGGUCUAGGCUGUCUGGGUCUGUGUGGUCAUGGAGCAAGGCAUGGAAACAGCAAAAAGCACCACCAGAUUUCCAAAUGUCUGAAAGCAGAGAGAUCUGAGACCAGGCUGACAUCAGGUGCUGGUAAAAUUAAGACAGAAGGUAGCUUCAUUUCUGACAAGAACUUCUGAUGCCCUCAGUGUUUUUGUAAUCUGAGUUAAUUCAGCUGGAGGGAAUUUACUCUUAAACUAAUACAUGAUUUUGAGAAGAAUUUUUCCUCAUGCAAAAGCAAGGCACACCCUCAGCAUGUUUUUAAACACAGCCUGAAAAGAUGACAACAACAUUAAAGGCUGAUGAAUGACCCUGAGCUGGAGGAAGAAGAGUGGAAGUAGACAGAAUAAACAGAUCACCCAUCAUGCUGUGAUUGGGUUAAAUUCCAGUUUAGGCAUAAUACCCCCGGCUCUUGUUUUCCCCAGUGCAAUGGGAUGCCAGAAAAUGGUAUCACGAUAAUACAGCCCUUUCUAAAAAAGGCCAUGGAGCCAGACUGCUGACCAUAUUUAGCUCUACUAAAUUGCGAUUGGCACCAGCAAGCCUUGGUUGUCACCCACUGACAUUUUGUUCAGCCCUAAAAAUGAAAACAGUUGGCUGCGCUGUUUCAAGCCGUGAGAGUCACUGGGGACUCGCAGACAGGGAAAGAUAAGACAAAGUAACAAGUUCAUUAUGAUUUAGGAUCUCAAAGGCACCACAACCAAAAGGGUUGUUCUGUGUUUCUGAGGCAGUGAGAGGUAGCAGCAAACGGCGGCAGGGUCACAAGGGAUGUCUGUAGCCAGAUGGGGUGAGCACCCACCAGGGAGAAGCAGCACCUGCCCCAUCUGCACCCCUGAAGCUCCCUGGCAUGGACAACCGGUCCAUAAUCACCAUCAAUAUGAAGUGCUCACCAUGGGAGUCACCGUGAAAUGCUUUAAUGGACCCGUGGCUGCAGUACAAUAUGACUGCUCCCCUUUGCUCCUUUGCUUCCCCAGAUCUGGCUGAAAAAGGGUGAUGCUGGGAGCUGUACCCUCAGGCUUACUCUUCGUGUCUGGUGGGACCUUUUCACUGUGCAGUGGAGGGAUUGAAGCUUGGGAGUCUCCUGGGGGUCCCCAGGAGGAGGGCAGGUCCCUUUGCCCAGCUGCUCGAGCCUGGACCAUUCCCAUUCUCCUUUCCUUAUGUCCACCCCGCCUGGACAGAUCAGAAAACCACCACUGCUGCGUGUGCCAGGUGCUGCAUCCAGUGACAAUGGGAACUGGGUGACAAUUCCAACUGCAGAAACCACAAAGUGGUGUGGGCACCAAGGGGAAUUAAGCUGUAAAGGGUAAACCUCCAUCAGAGAGCAGCAGGGAGGGCUGGGAAAGGGGUUUGAUCUUUUUCUCUGAUGCAGGGGGUACAAAAUACUGUUGGUUCUGCCUCUCCACUUGUCUGUGAAGUAUCACUCCAGGAGUGACAGAGUUAACAAAUACAGUGAAAGAGACAGCUCUGUAAGCUGAGCUACAUGGUCACAUGCACAGGUUUUAUUUUUAACAUCCCAAAACUACUUGAUGUUUCUGCCUGGGCUUGCUCCGUGUCCUUCUGUUCUCUUCUCUUCCUUUGCUUGCAGUUCUCCCUCACCCACCUCACUUCAGUCCAGCUGAGCACAACCAGGAGAGAAGUGUUUGGUACAUGCACGGGGACUCUAUGAUCAAGCACCGGGCCCAGAAAGCUCCCCCUGGGCAACACAGGCACUGUGAGCGAUGUUUCAGCCGGCACUGCCGCGCGCCCAUUGAGGUCUCCGUGUCCUGCAUGGUGAUCAGCUGCCGCCUCCACUGUGGGGCCACCUUCCACAUGUGCAAGGAGGAGGAGCACAAAUUACUCUGCCCCUUGGAGCAGGUGUCCUGCCUCAACUCAGCCUAUGGCUGUCCUUUCUCCAUGGCCCGCUUUAAGCUGGGAAAGCACCUCCAGGUCUGUCCAGCCAGUGUUGUCUGCUGCUCGAUGGAGUGGAACCGCUGGCCAAACGUGGAUUCAGACACAACCCUGCACAAGAAUAUUAUGAAAGAGGCCUUGAACGAAGAAUGUCUGGACACAGCUUUGGCACUCAGAGACCAGAAGAUACUUUUCAGGACUUUAAAAAUAGCUGAAUUAUUUCCAGAGUGGAGGAAAAAGGAUGAACUGGAGGAACUAAUGGAUCAAGCCAUGGGUGGGGAAGCAGGUGCUGUGGGAGGAGCUGCCUGUGGUUCCCAAGAGGGCAAUAACCAGUCUGAGCUCAGUCAACGUGAGCGGGAAGAUUUGGCAAAGGACAAAGAGGGAAUGGACCUGGGGAGUUACAAAACCUGGGAGAACAUUUUCAGCAAAGAGCUUCUGGCUUGCCAGGUAACGGGCUCAGCAACCAGCACAGGACAAAAGACGGAGGAGGCUUCCAAGAAAACAGCAUCAGCCUCUCAUGCUGCCAACUCCACAGAAAAGGCAAAGGAAGGACCUGAUGGUGCAGAAGAAGGAAAAGGCCAAAAGUCUGAACAAGUAACACCAAGUAGAGAACUGAAUGGACUGGCUCCCUGGCAAGAAGGGGUCCUGGAAAGGCUGAAGAAGGAAGUCGGUGUAGCUGAUUACAACAUGUAUCUGGUGCAUCACGGGGGAAUGCUCAUCCGCUUUGGCCAGAUGGCUGCUUGCACUCCGAGAGAAAAAGACUUUGUCUAUGGGAACUUGGAAGCUCAGGAGGUGAAGACUGUCUACACCUUCAAAGUGCCAGUUAGUUACUGUGGCAAAAGAGCACGACUAGGAGAUGCACUGGGCCACAAGAUGCCAACUUCAGACAAGUCAGUGGAUACCUCAGAACUGGGAAUAAAUGUAGAAGAACUACCUAAGACAAACAUAGUUGAAGCCACGCUGCUAUGUGCUCUGGAAAAAGAGCUGAAAGGCCAUGAGAUCUCUGAAGCAAGAGGUAUCGAUGGACUCUUUGUGGAUUUUGCAACACAGACAUACAGCUUUCCUUUGGAGCCCUUCUCCUCUGGUGCAGUUCUAGCAGAUAUUCUGGAUGAAAACAGCCCACCAGAACUGCACAUGGAGCUCUACACUGAAUGUGUAACCAGAAGACACAACAAAAGCAGUUCAGCUUUCACAUUCACUUGCAGUCAUUUCUUUAGGAGGGAUGAGUUCCCAUCCCACUUCAAGAAUGUGCACGCUGAUAUCCAGUCAUGCCUGGAUGGGUGGUUUCAGCAUCGCUGCCCACUGGCCUACUUGGGAUGUCCUUUUGUCCAAAAUCACUUCCGCCCUGAGGGACUUAAGGCCAAGGUUAUUUACAGCAAGCCUCUCAAGACAUUUGCUAUUAAGCCAGAGGUGGACACCAUACUUGCUGAACCGGGCAAGUACAAUUUCACAGUGGAUAGUCGAGGGAGAAACAAGGACUUGCUGAGCAGCCUCCCAGUGGAAGUGCUCAAGUACAUUGCAGGAUUCCUGGACAGCUUCAGUUUAUCUCAGCUAUCACAAGUGUCAGUGCUCAUGAGGGACAUCUGUGCCACUCUUCUUCAAGAGAGGGGAAUGGUCCUGCUGGUCUGGGAGAAAAAAAGAUAUUCCCAUGGUGGUACUUCUUGGAGAGCUCGCAAAAAGAUCUGGCAGUUCAGCAGCCUGUUCUCCAGAGUUCACAACUGGCAGCGCAGUGACGUCCCGAGCAUGUCGGAGCACCUGAGGAAUUGUCCCUUCUACCAGGCAGAGCACAGGACGGACCCCGUGCUGCUGACGGGCAUGACUGAAUCUCGGGAGCAGACUCGAAAGACUUUGGUCUCUACUUUCAAGCACAGAGUCUGAACAGCUUGCUUCCCCUCUGCCAUGCUUCCUUCAGGGCUCCUGAGAUGAAGAUUUGGGGAUUCAGAUGUAAAGAUUAUUGCUUCCAACUCUCCUUUGGACAUACAAAAUUGGCUUCUCCCCAGCUGCGUUUGCAACAUCUGCUUUUUUUUUUUUUCCCCUGCAUUAAUUUGUUAAAACUUCAACCACUGCUUACUAACAUCACAUGCUUUCUGUUUAUGUUUCUGUUCCUGGUUUGAUACAGCACCUUGAAGAAAGCAAUGAGGAUCUUAUUUGAAAACAGCAUUUUUACUUCCUUGAAGGUAGGCUGCUGCUCCUGUACUAUGUGCCUGAGGGAAGCAAGAGCAGUUAAUCUAUUUAGCUCAAAUAAAUCUGAAACACCUUAGUUUUGUCUGGAAAGCCAAGUUCUUGGAGCACAAGUAGAUGCUCUCCUGCCUGGCAGACCUAGGGACAGCUAACCUGCUCUGAGACAUGGGCAAAAGAAAAGGGCACCCCAAAAUUACGUGAAUUAAUUAGAACUCUGUUGAGAACUUGGGAACUCACUGUGCAGCCACAGACCAUCAUUUAGGACCCUGACUAAAGCAAGCAGGCCUAGCUGAGUGCAAGCUUAAAGCUGAGCUCAUAGGAGCAUUCAAACCAAACCAAAGCAAACGAACUUGCUCUUUGUUAGAAGUAAUUUUAGAGACUCAAUUGACUUUUUAUAUCUUAAGAUGACAACUUUCUGCGGUUUAUCUGAAAAUUCAUUAAAGCUAUUAAAGAAUAUUUGAAGUAAUUUUUAAAAUGCCUUACCAAUUCAGUUUUGCAGUUGUAAAUUGCAAAUUCUAAUUGUAAGCAACUGGAAACAGGAUGUCAAAGAAAUAAUAUUCUUUUCCAUAAAAGAUAAGUAAUUCAGUAGCCCAUUCAGAAAAGUAUGGGUAAUAUUUACUUCAAUUAAAUGGGCUAGAGCAUAGAAUCUUUUUUUUACACAGCAGAAAAGUGAUUAGAAUUUGGUUUAUCUUUUAAUAAAUACACUAACUUCAACCAGAAUGGGCUUGCUGAGGCAACAGAUGAGAGAAAACAGGCGUGUUACCAGCAGUGUCUGUCUUGUUACACUAUUUGAACCUGUUUCAGUGGUGCUAGUCAGAAAUGCCAUGGAUGUGGUGGUGGGUGAGAUUCCUCUGAAAUGGCCAUAAACUUAUUUGUCAGCUUGGGACAGUUUCCAGCCACUGCACAGCCACAGGGUGCUGACUCACCCCCUUUCUUUUUGAAGCUCGUAGAGAGAAGUGUGAGCUCAGGACUGAGGUCUGGCUUUCAUCUCUCUGUCUUGGGUAGGAGAACCUUGUUGAGAACUGGGAUAGUUACUGGACCACUGCUCUUCUCACCUGGGCUGGCCAGGUGCAAACUGGCUCUGGUAGAUGGAUGCGUGCCACACUUGCCAUCCUCAGCCUCGGUGCAGAAGGAGCCCCUCUUACCCAGAGAGGCUGCUGAAGAACCUGAGCUGAGUGCUUGGUAAUCAAAGGCAUGAAUUGUGUGGUGACCCAAACCACCCUAAGGGCAGCUCAGCCUUGUCUACACUAGCAGCUUAAGUGGGCCCUGUGAGGUUUUUAACCAUAUGAGGAUGUUUUUUAUCUCCAGAUACACACCCUCAGGAGCAUACGGUCUGAGCUGUGAGGACAGUGGAAUGGUCUCGGGAAAAAGAAAAGCAGCAGGGGUUUUUGUUUUGUUUUUUUGUUGUUGUUGUUUGGGUUUUUUUAUGCUACUCUAUUUUUUGCCCCUAGAGAUCCUUCCUGGGAAGUCUCAUAAUGCUCUAGAUAUGAAAAUAAACUCUGCACAUGCAUCCUGCAGAAAACACAAGUAGCAUCCCAGGUUUAUCAAGAGGAAACUGAAGGAGAUGAACACAGGGAACCUAAGCUGGACCAACAGCAGUUAGAACCAGAUGCUCUGAUCCUUCAUCCCUGAGACUUAAGCCACUGCACAAAAAGAAACAGUCCAUCCUUUAUGUCCAUCCUUGCUGACAAAAACUCACCUGUCCUCAAAACAUUCCAUAUAAUAUAAGCUGCCCAAUAUUAUCUCCUUGUUUGACCCAGCAAAAUUGACAGAUGUGGAAACAUGCAGCCAGAAUUUCUGGACUUCCUAGGUCUCUAGAACUCCUAGGUCUCUACAUCAGGGCCUCAUUCUUCACUUAUCAUGUAUCUGAUUUUGAAAGAUGCUGAGCACCCAACUAUUGCUGCAGACCACAGUAUAUGCAAAUGCAUGCUCAAAAAAUUUGGUGGCAGAUUCUGUGCUGGGUGCUUGAAAAUGGAGCCACUUGCUUUUAUGGAUAAUUUGGGGAGGGUGGGAAAAAAAAGUUGCUUAAAUAAUAAGAUCUAAGAGUAAGUCAGUGUUCAAGGCUGGCUUGAGACCAUGAAAAAUUUCAGCCCGUUCUUGUCACUCCCUGCUCCUGGAGAUGGCAUGACUUCAGUUCCAGUCUUAUUACAAUAGAUCCUGCUUCUUCCCUCCACAGGAGAUGCCUGAGUCAGACUUCAGGGGCAGGCAACCUUGGAAAUUCAAUGGUUGAUGGUGCAGGUCAGAGUUAGGAAUAUGGGAACCUCUACCUCGUGGAAUCAUCCAGGGUGUGCACAGAACAUCCAGGAGACUGGAUCAUUUCCCUUCUGGUAUUCCUACAGGGUAUGCUGGAAGGACACACAAUGUUUGUUCAUAGAGAGACAUUUGUUCCUGUGAAUAUAUAGGUGUAUUUCUGUAAACUCUAAAUUUGAUUAAGUAACCUUCAGCACAUCCAGUGAAAGCUGAAGAUCCACAACCAAAAUGUUCACGAUAGUUGGGUUAACCUGAUCUGGGAGAGGCAAAGCUGUACAGGGAAGGGGAAAUCAGCCUUCCAUAUCUGCAUACUCACCUGGUAAAUGUCAGCAGGGAGCUGCUCCUUGCUUCAUCCCAGCCUUACCAGGAGUGGAGAGCUGUGGGUUGGUGUCAGAUGCAGCUUUAUUAAUCUAAGGGUCGUGCCAAGCUAGCUCAGUGUUGAUGGUCCUGCUCAUUAGCAGAGUCAGGAGGAUUUAGGAGCUGGAUGGAACUGAAUUUUCCUGCUUUGUGUGCCUUGGUGAGCACAAUGCUGGCUUAUUUAAAAGGUGAGAGGCUUCGGUUUGGGCUCAGCAAGUCCUUAUCUCCUGGUUUAAGUUUGUAAUUUGCCCAAGAAAACUUUGUCUAGAUUUCAGCUUGAGGAAUUUGAUUAGAAGAAACUGAGCAUUUGGUGUUUUUCAAAAUAGUCUAUUGUUUUGGCAGGGUCUGAACUGGAAAAGGGGACCCAUUCCAGCAGAGCAUUGAGGCUGCUCUCAAUCCAGCCCCCACACUCUGGAUCUUCAUGACUUUGAUCUUGUUUGUGCUGUCCACAAGUCCUGUGAAGUGCAAGAGCAAUAUUCCACAGACUCCAGGCUGACAUGUCUUGCAGUGUUUCCUCUCACUGGAAAAGUGGAAGUGAAAUGAAGGCAUCGUGGAAAUCAGAAAGGUCAGAGUAGGGCAAAAAAAAACCCAUGACAAGAGAAGACAGGAAAGAGAAAAGGUAAUGGGUUUGGAUGGAGAGACCUUCCUCUUUGUAGGUGGUGUAGGAGAGGCAAGAGGAGACAGGUAAAAAGGCACAGGAAUGAAAGGAGUUGGGAUGUGCUGCCAAAACCAGAGGUUUUCUGGAUAAAAGCAUUUCCUUGAGAAAGAUUUGGGAAAUUCCCUGUUGGUGCUAUGCAGUAACAUGGGGCAGAUGAUAAUUUUUAAGGGGUGAAAGGGCAUGUGGCCUACUGACAUGUAUCCUAAGUCUGGGUUGAAGGAAGGAAUGUUUUGAUGGACCUCCAACUCCCAAAACUGAAUGGGCACAGAUAAGGUGAUGUUUAUCUGAACGGUGCCUGUUAUUUUGUGAAACUCUGUAACUCCUUGUUGUGUUCUUAAGAAUAAAAAUUAUUAUGGUAUAAAAAAAAAUCCAUUCCAA